CCUUUCCUCUUCUCUUGCAGAUGAGCGGGUGGAUCAGCGAACCUGCCUGAUCUGCGGGGACAGAGCUACGGGGCUGCACUAUGGGAUCAUCUCCUGCGAGGGCUGCAAGGGGUUCUUCAAAAGGAGCAUCUGCAACAAGCGGGUUUACAGAUGCAGUCGGGACAAGAACUGCGUCAUGUCACGCAAACAGCGCAACAGAUGCCAGUACUGCCGCCUGCUCAAAUGCCUCCAGAUGGGGAUGAACCGGAAAGCAAUCAGAGAAGAUGGCAUGCCAGGAGGCAGAAACAAAAGCAUCGGACCUGUCCAGAUAUCAGAGGAAGAGAUUGAGAGAAUUAUGUCUGGGCAAGAAUUUGAGGGAGAGGCAAACAUGUCAUGGAGCAACAACGGAGACAGCGACCAUAGUUCCCCUGGAAAUGGAGUUUCUGAGAGCAACCAGCCUUCACCUGUUUCUACUCCAUCUUCAAGGUCCGUGGAGCUGAAUGGAUUCGCUGCACUCAGGGAUCAGUAUAUCGGGACGCCGGUGUCCACGCACUAUCAGUACCUCCCGCACCUUUUUAGCUACUCUGCUCACUCAGCUCUGAUGCCCCCCCAGACGCGCAGCCUGGACCCCCAGUCGCACAGUCUUAUCAAUCAGUUGGUGUCAGCAGAGGACCUGGAGCCGCUCGGCACGCCGAUGCUCAUUGAGGACGGGUAUAAAGUGACUCAGGCAGAGCUGUUUGCGUUGUUGUGUCGUCUGGCAGAUGAAUUGCUUUUCAGGCAGAUUGCUUGGAUCAAGAAGCUGCCGUUCUUCUGUGAACUCUCCAUCAAGGACUAUACCUGCCUGCUCAGCUCUACAUGGCAGGAGCUCAUCCUGCUCUCCUCGCUGACUGUUUACAGCAAGCAGAUCUUUGGUGACCUUGCAGACGUCACCUCCAAGUACUCUCCCUCUGAUGAUGAACUGCACAGAUUCAGUGAAGAGGGGAUGGAGGUGAUGGAGCGGUUGAUCUACCUCUUUCGCAAAUUUAACCAGUUGAAGGUCAGCAAUGAGGAGUAUGCGUGUAUGAAAGCCAUUAACUUCCUAAAUCAAGACAUCAGGGGUUUGACCAAUGCAUCCCAACUGGAGCAGCUGAAUAAGCGGUACUGGUAUGUUUGCCAGGACUUCACAGAGUACAAAUAUCCACACCAGCCAAACCGUUUUCCGGAUUUAAUGAUGUGUUUGCCAGAGAUACGAUAUAUUGCAGGAAAAAUGGUGAAUGUUCCCCUGGAGCAGCUGCCUCUCCUGUUUAAGGCCGUUCUACAUUCCUGCAAGACAAGUGUGAGCAAAGAGUGAGCCCAGCUCGGCCCGGCCGGUGCCUUACGCUGUGCCUCGGGCAGGGAGCUGGCUCACCCCGGGAGAGGGGCAAACGCGAUCCAGGCAGGAGACAGGGCAGUGGUGUCCCUGCCGUUGUAGCAAGAAUCUUUUGUUUGUUUGUUUUUUGUUUUUUUACUCUUUUUCCUAUAUAUUUAUUUCACGACAGAGUUGAAUGUAUGAUCUUCAACACGAUGCACAUGGUUCUGUAUGAAUGCAGCAGAUGCAUUCUCCAGCGGUUUACAGAAUGUGAAGAUGUUUAAUGUUACAGUGUUUGUUAGGGUUAGUUCUUUUGUAUUUGGGGGCUCGGGACCAAGAUGACUAAGACUACCUCAAGGAGAAGAUGCUGUUUGUGCACUGCUCUUUCCAUGAUUUGUAUCCAAAAGCGUUUGUCGUAGAGAGCAAAUGGCCUCACUGCAUCGACAGAGCUGUUAGUAUCCCAGAUGGAUGAUUUUGGAGAAGUGAGUGUUAGAGAAGUGCCAAGCUUUUUAU